CAUACCACUGCUGGAACCCUUCGUCUUCUUAGAAGGAGCACAGAGCCAGCUCAAUUGAGAACAGCAAUUGCAGUCGCCAAUUGCAAAGAAAGUAGGCAGCACAUUUCUCUUCGAGACCUGUGCUGCAGGGCAAUGCUGCGCAUCUUUACAUCUACUGAUGAGCAAAGCGGUUCUGGAAACUUUGAGAACCACCACAGAACAGUUACUUUGUGUAUAGGAGACGGAAGGCUACUGAAGGCAAGCAUUGUACUUCCCCCAUGACCUAAAGUCUUUUACAUAGGGGGAAAAGGCACCUUCUGCAGGCCAAGAAUUGCACACUCACUUGUCCAUAAACAUCUAGCCAGUGAAAGCAACAAGCGGGCCAAGUAUGGGGAAGAAAGACACUGAGCAGAGGGAAGCCAAGGCCCCCAAAAAGGGGGAACCAUCAGAAAGGCCCAGACACGAACAGCCAAACCCAUGGCUAGGCCUAGCGCAGCUAAGCAUCGCGCCGAGCUGGCGUGCCGUUCAGGGGGGGGACGAAGAAUCGGGCCAGACCAGAAAAAGCAUGAGCCGAGAUGAGAGUUCACUCGCCGGCGGUGGUGCGAACGCGCCCUCAGGUGUAAACGGGCCCUCCGGCCACCAUCACGAAGAGGCCGAGAAAGGGAGAGAAGGUACGAGGCAGUCGCUCUGGUUCCCCGUGCUGAGAAAAGAGGCGCCCUCGAUCGCCCAUCGGGGAUUUUCUUUCGUUCGGAGUUUGAUCGCACCGGAAGGCGUGCGGUUGCAGAACAGGGGGGUGCAGGCCGGGGAGUCGUUCAUCCCCCAGGAGAAGCAGGACCGCGAAGGGGGCGUGGGUGUGACUGAAAAGGAGGGAGGGGGGGCGGGCGUUGGAGCAGAAGGGGGCCAUUCACACCUGCCAGAUGGCAAGGAGGGCCCGGGUGCGAACAGGCUCAAAGCCGGGCUUCUGCAGGAGGAAGCGGGGAUGCCCACAGCCGCUCCCGCGCGUCCCGUAGAAAGACACUCUAGCGCGCAUCCAAACUUGUCGGACAAUAGAGGGGACAGCGAGUCAGCUUCGCACGGCGCCGAGUCUGCUACUCCAGGGGGGUCGAAUGCGGGGCCCUCGGGGACCCCCCUGAGGACGGAAUCGUCAUCGGGAUCGUCGGCAGGGGGAGGGGGUUUCGUACGAAGGCUCGAAAUUCAGAUAGGGGAGAACGGCGAAGUGAAAGCGGAGGAAGUGUGGCAAGAUGCGAUGAGUGCGAUGGCCGUGGGAGAAGGGGACAUGGGACGGCUCGGGAGCGAGGUUCGGCGGCAGUUGAGCAAGAUUCCGUCGGACAUCAUGCCGAAACCGGAGGGCAAGGUCUGCGUCCUGGCAAUAGAUGGCGGAGGGGUGCGAGGACUCAUACCUGCGCUGACGCUGGCUCGGCUGGAGGGCAUGCUGCAGCAGAAGAGCGGCAACCCCGACGCGCGGAUCGCCGACUACUUCGACAUGAUCGCUGGAACCUCUGUGGGCGGGCUACUGGCAGUGAUGCUGCUGACGCCCAACGAGGACGGGCGGCCGCUCUUCAGCGCGGCGGAGGCCGCGACGUUCAUCAAGAACAACUCGCCCAUGAUCUUCUACAAGCACUGGGCGGCCGGGCUGCGCCAGAUCUUCAAGCCCAAGUACAGCACCAAGCCCCUAGAGCGCAUACUGGACUAUUACUUGACGGAGCCGUGGGAGACGCCGCUGACGCUGAAGAACCUGCUCAAGCCGUGCCUCAUCACCUCGUACGACCUCAGCCGGGCGUCCCCGCGCUUCUUUGUUCGGAAACUGGCCCAGCUGUCGGACUCCCACGACUUUCGGCUGCGCGACGUGUGCCGCGCCACCGCGGCCGCGCCGUCCUACUUCAAGCCCGCGUGCAUCUGGUCGGUCGACGAGAGCACCCGGGCGGUGUGCGCCGACGGGGGCAUCAUCGCGAAUAACCCGACUUUGGCCGCGGUCAACCAUCUCAUCGUCAACCGGGAAGAGUUUCCGACGUCCAGCCUGACGCGGCCGCGGCUGGUGCUCAGUCUGGGAGCAGGCGAGGGCGUGGACACGUACGACUACAAGCGCGCGCGGCAGUGGGGCCUGCUGGGGUGGGCGGUCCCCGUGAUGGAGAUGAUGCUGUGGGGGAACGGCAACACCGUCGACUUCAUCAUGACGCUCUUCUCCGAGGCGCUCUCAACAGCCAAGUCCUACCUCCGCAUCGAGGUGAAGAACCUGACCGGGACCACGAAGCAGCUGGACAACGCCACUCCCGCCAACAUCGCCGCACUGGAGAAGCUGACCGAGGAAGCGCUCGCGAGCAAGGCCGUCACGCUCGACCGGUACGGCUUCGUCCAAGAGCUCGACGAAACCUACGGGGAGCGCCUCGAGGAGUUUGCCGACGAGCUCAUCGCGGAGGCCGAUUCGCGCACGCGCCGCGCUGAGCCGACGGUGCGCAUCUCCGCACCCGCGCCCGCGCGUCUCCGAGAGGACCUCCGGGGGAAGAAGGUCGACCGGGGGGGGGACUUUCUCUCGUGGAGGAAGCAGGAGCUGCCGGUCGGGGCACGACCCGCCAACCCGGGGGACAAAGUCUAGUAUUUCUCAACCUAGUGAACAGCAAGCCUAGUGAUCAGUAAGCAUUUUGGGGUUCACUAAAAAGCCUAACCCAAAGAUCACCCGCUUUGCAUCAGUACCCAACCUAACCCCCUAACCAACCCUACCCGUCUGCAUUACUGUUCACUGGCUGUUAGUGUUCACUGCAUCGAUCGGGAUCAAAGUCUAGAAUACGUGUGUAGUUUGAUUGGGCUCGAUAAUGAAGCGCGCCACUCUUCUUGAAGUGUGGCCGGAAUUCAUCGUUGGAAUAUAUAGUUUGGUGCAUAUGAAGAGGAGGGGCUAAGUAGCAAAUGCGCCUCGACCAAAUUUUUCUGCUGCUUCGACAAAGAUGAGUGGCGCUUUGCCGCGGAAAGCAGGUUAAAUAUUCCAUGAUUAGACAUGCGCAUUCGAUGGCAGCGUCGGACGACCAGUCCGUUUGAGAGCGUCGAAGAGAAAGCCAAUAGGGUGGAACAUGGUUCUACGGGCCGAGAAGGGGCUUCUUGUAUUGUGGGAUUUGUUUGCAAGGACUAAUUGAUUCAUACGGC